ACCGGCCGGGCGGCCGAACCCUACCGCCUCUAACACACCCCGUGGGCCGCGGCGCUUACAACCUCCCCCAUGAACGGAGCCAUGCAGGCCACCGUCGAGCCGAUGACCAGCAGCCGUGGAUGACGGACGGUACAUCUACUCGUAUAAAGCCAGGCAGGGCAUCCGCCGCCCAGUUCGCAGAUUAUUCCGCUCAACAAACACAUCUUUCUCACCUUCUCUCCCUGAGGUUCAUCAACCCCUCUCGCCGGCCGAGACGCAUCUCCCCACCCGCUGCCGAGACAUCGCUGGACGAUACAGCCUCCUUCUUCUCGUUCUCGCCGAUUCUCUUUACAUACCUAGAGAACAUAGCUCAGCAGCCAGCCUCCCUACCUAAGUCAGCAUGGCCGCAACGACAGGCUCGAACAGCCCGCCCUCUUCUCCGCCCGAGAUCAAUCCAGCACUAAUGUACUUGAGCAAUAUUGACGAAUUCGACGAGGGCAGGAGGGCUACAUACCAAGGAACGGGCAAUUUCCCAUGGCAAGUGGAAUGGCCAGAAGCACUCAGAUACGCAGAAUACUUCUACAACAGGGUCCGCGCCACGAAUCGACAUGCCCUUACCGGCAAUAAAAGCUGUCUCGCGGCGGCUCUGGUAGGUUGGUACCAAGAGAUCCUGGUGGACGAGAACAACAACCCGCUGGUGGACGCGCAGGGCAACUACGCACUCGACCCGACGAUCAAGAGCGCGCUCUGGCUUGGUUCCAUUCCCAGAGGGCGGAGGCGAACUGAGCUGGCAAACGGCGAGAAGAAAGGGAAAAAGACUGGGAAGUACGUGUCCGUCCAGGGUCCCAAAGAUGGUAAUGUCCACGUCGAGGACGUGGUUGGCAACAUGAUGGAGAACUCGCUCGACUCUCCGUGGGGCCAGGAACGAAGCUGGGUUGACGGCUCAUUUUACAUUGUCAUCUUCGGCGUUCAGCCCAGGAUUGUCCAGAGACGUGACCGGCGCGGUAGACCGGUCUUUGAUCAGGCUCGUCGCCCGGUUUACGACAUUGAUACAAACUCCGACCCAACCGAGCCGGGUCAGGUGUGGCCGUGCGGACCCAACCCCGAGGGCCGCCCGAACUCCAAGAAACCUUGCUGCCAGGCGGUUCUGGACAGGAGGGGCAUCCAGUGGCGUGUCGGUAUUAUCCCGCCCAAGGAGGCCACACCCGAGCCUGAGUUGCCGCAAUAUCCACCCGGCUGGACUGGCGGAGGUGGCGAGGGCAGCGGCGGCGGCGGCGGCGACCACCCCGCCAGCGGCUACUAUCAGCCAUCAUCGGACUACGGCUCUUUGCCCUCUGACGUGAACUGGGACGUCUACAACCAAGUUUACACCCAAGAGGCCGGUGCCUCUGUCCAACAGGGUCAUAAACACUCUGGGGCUGCGGCUGCGAACAUGACCGGCAACAUGAAGCGGCCGGGCAGCACGCCCGUCCGGCCUCGCUCUCAACGCCGUGUUAGUAAGCGCGAGAUGGACUCUGCGCUUGGCUCUCUCAAAAAGUUGACUCUCGCGGCUCGGGGUUCGAGCGGGCCUGAUGAUGUUCUCCAAGUCAAGCCAGCCGCCGGCGCUGCUCCUGCCAAAGCCCAGCAGCAGCAGCAGCAGCAGCAACAGGUCGCUGUACCGCAGCAAAAGGUUGCUGCAUCUCACCAAAACGGCGCCAAGAAGCAGUCGGUGCAGUCCCAGCAGGGCGCUGCUGGUACCGGUCCGAACCUGAAGACUCUCCCGCAUGCAGCCGCCAACCAACCACAUGGUAUUGCAUCUCCUGCUCAGAAGAAACCAGCCAACCCGCCGGCUGUUGCACUUCCUGCUGGUCAGCAGAAAGCAGUCAACGCGCAGGGUGCUGCACCCCAGCAGACGAAGCCAGCCAAGCCACAGGGUCCCGCACCUCCUGCUGGCCAUAGGAAGCCAGCCAACCCGCAAAGUGCUGCACCUGCUGGGCAGAAGAACUCAGACAACCCACAGGGUGUUGCGAAGAUACCAGUCAACCUGCAGCGUGUUGCAUCUUCUGCUCAGAAGAAACCAACACUUCCUCGUAUCACCACCCAAUUCCAGCAAGGCGAUGCUGUUGCGCCUUCCCCCAAAACAGCAUUGCCCAAGGUCCCAAAGACACCAAAGUUCCUCCCAAAGACACCAACCGUACAAGUGGCUGCUUAG